AAAUCGAAAACAUUAAUCAUUUCAAAGCAAAAACACACCCUUUAGUUCUGUCUGUGUAUACAUACUGAGUUAGCUACUAAGCAAAUCGUAGCAGAGACAGAAAUAAAAAAACAGAGACUCCAUUGUAGUCUACUCAGUAACUCAGGUGCACUGUCUUUAAUUUUUUUUUUAAUUUUUUUAAGGUGACUCAGUGUUUUUGAAAUUUUGUGGGUUUAUUUUCCCUCCUUGAAGUAAUGGAGUAAUGACUAAACUAGCCCUGUUUAAUUGCUGAGUUUCAUUAAUGCGGUGAUGGCCAAAGAUGUCAUUAGAGUGUUUUUGUAGUUGCGGAAAAGGACAAUAACCUCAAGAGGUAACGUUCGUUGGUUUCUGCGGAUUUUAGGGUGUUGGAGACAAAAAUAUUGAAAUCUGUUUCCUUUUUGAUUUUUGGGUUUGUUUUUGUUUUGUGUUAUAUGUUUGUGUUAGAAAAAGGAAGAGAGAAUUAGAGAGUUGAAGAUGGUGGAGAUGAGAAAGAAAGAAAGUUCACAGUGGUGGUGGUUUGAUUCACACCACACUUCACUCUGCUCUCCAUGGCUGCAAUCAACUCUUGGCGAGCUUGACAAGAAGACAAAGGCAAUGCUGAAACUGAUAGAGCAAGAUGCAGAUUCCUUUGCUCAACGUGCAGAGAUGUUUUAUAAGAAACGACCCGAGUUAAUUAACUUGGUUGAAGAUUUCUACAGAACUCAUCGCUCAUUAGCAGAAAGAUACGAUCAACUAAAGUCCGACUCUGGAAACCGCCUCCUAACAACUCUAGGAUCGCCCUUUUCGAACAAAUAUGAAUCCCAGAAGUUUAUGGUUGGAACAGAGCGAAGCUACGACAGUCAUUCUGAAACUUAUGACCUCGAGUCGGAUUCUGCUGAGUCUGAAAUCGAUGAUCCUGAACCAGAAGAUGAAACUCAAUCUGCAGAAGAGAUGGGAGAAAACAAUGAUCCUGAAGAACAAGAAAAAAUUGGAGAUACUGACAAAACUGAAACGAAGACAGAAACAAAAGACGAGGAAGUGAUGAAGCUGCGGGAAGAAAUAGAAAGACUCGAGGAAGAGAAGAGGAUCCAGAAGGAACAACUUCUGCAGAAAGAUGAAGAGAAGAGAGAAGUAAUAAGACAGCUCAGUUUCGCGAUGGAAGCUAUUAAGCUAGAGAAUGUGAAGCUGAGGAAGUGUGUAGCCAGAGAUUCCUCCAAGAAAACGACCGGUUUUGAUUUCGAUAAGCUGAAAGAGGUUUUUUCGGGAAAGUUUUUCGUUGGAUCUUCAAGAAAUCGUGUUACCGCUAUAGCUCUCUAGACAAACAAGUAGAUUGUAGAACACAGUUUACAUGUAAUCUUCAAGAACUUGUAUCACCGCAAUAGCUCUCUAGCCAAAGAAGUAGAUUGUAGAACACAGUUUACAUGUAGUAUAGUGUGUAAAUCACAAGUUUUUUCCUGUUCAGCUUAAUUUAGGAGGUCUAUAUAGUGUUUGUAAACCGUUUUUGUGAUAUCAAUGUAGUCUUAUCUUUUUCUAAUCA